UGAAGCCCAUUUUGUUAUAUCAAAGAAAAUGGAGAACGACGUAAUCCUAGAUCAGAACACUGAAGGCCAAACAGAAGACCUGGAACUCCCCUUGUAUGACCUAUCUACAGUAACCGAUGCCACCAACAACUUUUCAGGCCACAACAAACUUGGUGAAGGUGGUUUUGGACCCGUAUUCCGGGGUACACUGAAAGAUGGGCGAGAAAUUGCUAUAAAAAGGCUUGCACGUAACUCUAGACAAGGAUUGAAUGAGUUUAAAAAUGAAGUUAUAUUGAUUGCCAAAUUGCAACAUCGAAAUCUUGUUAGGCUUUUGGGAUGCUGCAUUCAAGGAGAGGAGAAAAUGCUAAUCUAUGAAUACAUGCCCAAUGGAAGCAUGGACUUCUUCAUUUUUGAUCAAAAGAGAGCUAAAGUUUUAGGCUGGUCUAUGCGCUUCCACAUUAUCUGUGGAAUCGCUCGGGGGCUUCUUUAUCUCCAUGAAGAUUCCAGACUAAGGAUUAUACACAGAGAUCUCAAAGCAAGUAAUGUCUUACUUGAUAGUAAUAUGAAUCCAAAAAUUUCAGACUUCGGCAUGGCUAGAAUAUGUGGAGAAGAUCAGACAGAAGGAAACACAAACAGAGUGGUUGGAACUUAUGGAUAUAUGGCACCCGAAUAUGCCAUUCAUGGGUUAUUCUCAAUAAAAUCCGAUGUCUUUAGUUUUGGAAUAUUGUUGCUAGAGAUAUUAAGUGGAAAGAAGAGUCGAGGAUUCUUCGAUUCAAGCCAAAGUCUGAAUCUUAUCGGACACGCAUGGAAACUAUGGAGAGAAGGCAGGCCUUUAGAGCUGAUCGAUACGUGCCUAGGAGACGACUCAUGCCCUCAGCUCCCACAGAUUAUACGCUGUGUCCAUAUCAGUCUCUUAUGCGUGCAACAGCAUCCUGAGGAUAGGCCCAGCAUGUCUUCUGUGGUUACGAUGCUAAGCAGUGAGAGUACAUUACCUGAACCUAAAGAGCCUGGUUUCCAUGUUGGAAAUAAAUCACUUCCUGUGGAAUAUUCUUCAUCCAGCAAGCAGCAAUCAUCUUCAACAAACGAGAUAUCUAUUUCGCUGUUAGAGGCUCGAUGAAGGAUCAUUUUAUUAUAUGCAUUAUU